GAUCUGUUUCCUCUAAGUACUUCCUUGUGCAGCAGCUAGAAGCUCUAGCCAGAUCAACUCGACAGGCUCCUGGGUCAGCGCACCCAUUCAACUGCAGUUUGAAACAAGAUGGGUGACAUUUUCUCAUCUCAGGUGGAGCUGAAAAAGCUGGAGAACGAGGAGGCAGAAAGGAAGCGACAGCACGAGAAGGAAGAGAAACAAAGACAGCGCGAGGAGGAAGAGAAGAAGAGACAGCAUGAGGACCGGGAAAGAGAACGACAGCACAAAGAACGCAUGCACCAGAGAGAGCUUGAAGACAAGGCCAAAGAAAGAGAGGCCCAGCGCCAGAUGCAUGAGAGAGAGUAUGAGGAGCAAGAGAAGAAGAGGAAGCAUGAGGAGAUCAUCAUACAGCUGCAGAACAGAAACCUGGAAUUGCGCAUUCUCCGCCGAACUGGUCUCUCAGCCAGUAAGAAUUCCCCACCGUACUGUCUUAUCCAAGAUGCUCUGUCAUCCAUCACACACCCCACUAUGCCUGAUGCUGAUGAGAAUGGUGAUGACAGCGGUGACGAUGAUGAUAUUUACAACUACGGUUCUCCACACUGAAUUAUACACUGUUCUUAACCUUACCAGUGGAGGGAUUCCCAGCCAUGAUGCCCAGUGUAUUGUCACCUAACUGGCCCAGCACCAAGGACGUAGUCCAUUUCUCCUCUCACCUUCCCUUCCCUUUUGCACUAAUGGAAUGCUUUUCCCACCCCGGGGUUUAUUUCUGACUUUUCUGAGUCCUAGUUACUGGCAGUGCUAAUAAAGACAUAAACAAC